AUGGCAGCUCGUCAAGCUGGGCCUGCGCGUCAGAGCACCAAUCCCACGCACUUCCUCUGUAUCCCUCUUGGACGGCGCCAGCUUGCGCGCAACAUGACCGCCUUUCGCGCCGACGUGACCAACAUCAACGCCGCCGAACCCUUGCCGCCCGACGCGGUACGGCCACCGGGCACCAUGCACAUUACGCUCGGCGUCAUGAGUUUGCCGCAACCGGCGCAGCUGGAGCGGGCAACGGCGCUGCUGCGGGGGCUCCGCCCACGGGACAUCCUCGUUGAGACGAGGGCAGCACUGCGGCGGCGAUCCUGGGGGUUGGCCGGCCCGGCAGCGUCGCAGGAGAGAAAUGUGUGGCUGACCCUCAAGGGACUUUAUGCCAUGCAGAGCCCUGUCAGCACGGGUGUACUGUACGCGCAGCCGCUGGAUGCUGCCGGGCAAGGCGCGGGGCUGUUGUAUGCCUUCUGCCAGGCGGUGCGGCAGAGGUUCAUCGACGCGGGCCUGAUGGAGGCAGAGAGGAGGCCGUUUUUGCUGCACGCGACGGUCGUCAAUACGACGCACGUCAAGCAGGCACGGCCGCGGGAGAGGCUGCUGCUGGAUGCGCAGGCGCUGUUGGACGAGUAUGCGGAGCAUGUUUGGUUGGACCGCCACGAGGUCCGGACGCUGGCCAUUUGUAAAAUGGGCGCGAAACCAAAGGGGAUGCGCGGCGACGCGGCGUACGAGGUGGUGGAGGAGGUGGUUGUCUAG